AUGGGACCCACCAUCUUCCUCCAAUUCUUAUCCCUUUCUUUCUUACGGACGGAGCGAGCAACCACCGCACCGCAACUCGCGCCGCUCGCUUCCCCCACCGCCGCACCCGAACCCCAGCUUGCUGCUGCGCCGGCCGCCGCACCCCACCUACCUCCAAGCCCGGUCGCCGCGCCCUCUGCAGCUCGCGCCGCCGGCCCUGCAGAUCGCGCCGUCGCGACAUCAAGAGACCUCGUCGCCGCGCGCCCUGCAGCUCGCGCCGCUGCCGCGCGCCACUCGAUCCGCACCGCCGCCGUGCCUCUGGAGCUCCCACCGCCGGGGCUCGUGUACAAGCGUGCUUGUGGAGAAGAUCAUGGCGCGGCUGGGGGAUACUCGACCGAUUGGGAAGACGCAUGGAAGGGGAAGGAGGAUGGGCACCGGGCGCCGUCGUCCGUGUCGCCAUCCAGGUACCCCCGCGUCGGCGCCGCCGCUUUGCUCGCGUAG